AAUUGCGCUAAAUCCCACUGAUUGGCAGCACCCAAGUCAUGAGACGGCCAGGGCCCUGGUGUUAGUCACGGCCUGCAGCCGGUAGUUAGGGAAGUGACCUGUCUCCCAUACGCUGUGUGGUCUGUCCAUGGCCGGCUGUGUCUAGUGUCUGUGCAAGUACGUCGGAAGUCUGCUCUCAGAAUGGAGAACUGUAGAGGGAUGCUCUUGCUGCUUCUGCUGGGAAACCUCGGACAAUGUUACGCUGUUAGUCCUUUCAGUCAAAUGUUUAAUGGGAUAAAAGUACCCCCAACAAUAGGAGGAGAUCCUGGGAAGCCACUAUUUCUAACACCGUACUUGGAAAGUGGAAGGAUUGAUGAAGCACGUGAGUUAAGCCUCGUAGGAGAACUCCCUGGGUCAAAUGUGAAGAGUUACUCGGGAUACCUCACUGUGAACAAAACCUGUGAUAGCAAUCUCUUCUUCUGGUUUUUCCCUGCUCAGCUCAGGCCAGAGACCGCCCCAGUAUUACUAUGGCUACAGGGAGGACCAGGAGGGACGUCCAUGUUCGGCCUCUUUGUGGAGCACGGGCCUUACAUAGUUCAGAAGAACCUGACAUUGGUUCAACGGGAAUUCUCUUGGACAAACAAGUAUUCCAUGUUAUACAUUGAUAAUCCGGUAGGAACAGGGUUCAGCUUUACAAGAGAUGCCAAAGGCUAUGCAGUAAAUCAAGAUGAUGUAGGAAGAGAUCUGUACAGCGCACUCACACAGUUUUAUCAGAUAUUCCCUGAAUAUCAGCAGAAUGAUUUUUAUGCUACUGGAGAAUCUUACGCUGGGAAAUAUGUUCCUGCAAUCGGCUAUUACAUCCAUACACACAACCCAACCGCUAAGGUUAAAAUCAACUUCAAGGGGAUUGCCAUUGGAGACGGGCUCUGUGAUCCUGAAGUGAUGUUGGGUGGCUAUGCUGACUUCCUGUACCAAACCGGCAUGGUAGAUGAGAAUCAGAGGGACACUGUCCGGAGGCAGUCUGAUCUGGCAAUAAGCUAUAUCCAACAGCAGAAGUGGCUUGAUGCUUUUGAAGUAUUUGAUUCAUUGCUGAAUGGUGACAGAACAGCAUACCCUUCUUUCUUUCAAAAUGUUACAGGUUGCAGCAAUUACUUCAAUUUUCUCCAAUGCCAGGAGCCUGCAGACCAGGAGUACUUUGGCUCUUUUUUGGGACUGUCAGAAGUAAGGAGAUCAAUCCAUGUGGGUAACCUGACCUUUAAUAAUGGAUCUGAAGUGGAAAAACAUUUGCUUUUAGAUGUGAUGAAGACCAUAAAGCCAUGGUUAGCUGUGCUGAUGGAUAAUUACAGGCGCCCCUACAUUCGUUCCCAUGGUGAUGGGUUACACAUUUUCCUUGCCACGCCCCCUGGAGACGCCGGGUCGCCGGCGCCAGCGCGCGCCCAUGACGUCAGCGGGUCUCCCGGAGAGCGGCGGUCGUCUGCACACGAGGUGUUAUCGGUUCUCCUGUACAGUGGCCAGCUGGACGUUAUAGUGGCAGCUCCUCUUACUGAGCGAUUUCUACAGACCGUACCUUGGUCCAGGCUAGAGGAAUACAAGAAGGCUGAGAGAGGAGUCUGGAAGGUCAGGCAGACAGAUACAGAAGUGGCUGGUUACGUUCGUGUGGCUGGAGAAUUUGCUCAGGUAAUAGUCAGAGGAGGCGGACACAUCCUUCCAUAUGACCAACCUGAAAGAUCCUUUGUGUUGAUUGACAGGUUCAUAAGUAAAUGUAAGACCUUGAACUGCGAGUCUGGUUUCUGAUUUGAUACAAAUCCUAUCUUUACAAUCAAACUGAAAAACCGUUCUCAUUGAUAGUCAAUAAAGUCUUUUUGUAAACAGGGAAAA